AUGGAGGGCGCCCAAGCCACCGCAAAAUGGGCAAACCGUGUCCUGCGCCCCUUGACCUCCAUCUGCCGUCGAAUCGCGAAGCACAAAGAAAGGGUGCCGAUGAUCGCGACCGAGUCAAAACCACAACAAUCUGCAGAGAGCAAUGAUGCGCCUACUUUGGAGACCGACUGCAAACCAGAAACCGAGCGCAACUGCUCAGGCUCAGAUGCGGAUCCGGAUGAAAAUGACCCAGCUUGGAUUCCAGGGAAAAAACCCGAGCGACGUCGACCCAGACAUAAGUAUUCGACCAAAGCAGAGGAGACUGGCGGCAAAAAGCGCAACAGACUAUCAAUACACAGCCCGGAAGCCUCACGUACACUGCCCGGCGCUAUCGAGGUUGCGACACCACUCAUCACUGGGAGGAGAUGGGAGAUGCCCCCAAGUGUACAGUCAGAACGUCCAGAAGGCCAGGCCAACCCUAAUAUCCAGCCAUCACAGCCGCAGGUCUUCCGUGAUCGAUAUUCACUCCACAAAAGCCCUUGGCAAGAACUUCUCGACCAGUCUGGUGAUCCGGGCUUCGCCGACAUAGCACACAACCUUGAUCGCGUCUUCCAAAAUUUCCUUUGCAACACUGCGAUAUCUAAGCGAGAAUUGAAGCCUGCACUCGAAAGCAGCAGGCGUGGUGCACGAUCCUUGCUAUCCAUGGUGACGCGAAGUCUGCCUGACUUUAUUGCGAGCGAGCAAGAAGCGCAGGACAAGUUGGACGAAAACGGGGAUGAAGAUAUGUGCGAUGCAUAUUUUACAGAAUUGGAAGCAUUUUAUGCGCCUUAUGGGACGGGCUGGAAGCCACUCCGGCAGGCUGUCCGCGCACAGGGUAUCUACUUGGUUUCUACGCUGAUACAGAAUCAUUGGAUAACAGAUUCUAUUGCUUGUGCACUGAUUGAGAAAUGCCGUUCCUUUGCACCCGAAGAAAGUGACUCAUUACUUUCCACAUUGCUUUCCACACGCAGGAAUUACCCAUACCCUCAGGCUUUAAGGCCGGUGAUUGAUCAUAACCCUUCGGAUCCGAUCCGAUUGUUACGCAAAUAUGCUCAUCAUGGCGUUGCCAAUCGCUCUUAUAUCUUUGACGAACUUGCGAAACUUCUCUUGCGGGGAGUGCUCCCCCCAGAAUGGAUGGGAACUAAGUUAUGGACUAGCUGGAUGACAAGAGCAACGAUAUCACUUUCAAAAGAGGAUGAAGACUGUCCCGCGGCUAUGCGAUUGAUUGAAGCUGUGAUUCUCUCAGCUAGUGAUGUCCGCCCUGUCACCGCUGCUCGGAGUCCUACACCAAAACUUCCUGCGAAGGGGAAGAUUGCUCGUGCUCGUGCGACCAGAGUUGCCUCUACCACAGCGUGGGAAAUCUCAAAUCUUGCUCGGCCUUGUCCCUUGCCAGUGGAAGAUGCAUUGAGCAAUCACGUCAUAAGCCUCAUCGCAGCGCUGUGUGGUAUGCACAUUUCACGAUCUCGUGCCUCCGACGCCGCUGAUUGUGCGCAUGGAACUGAGGCGAGCUAUAUUAUCAGCUAUCUGUACAUCGCCCUACAGCGAGAACUGGACUCAAAUUCUGUCGCGCAGCGACCUGAUAGCACCCCUCAUCAAUUGUUACGGCGUGGCUGUAUCUUGCUAGCCGCCAGUCUUGUACAGUGCAACGACAAAAUUUUAUUGGACAAUAUCCAUUUUGUGAUGGAAUCAACAGCCAGUGUUGAUGAAUCAGCGGAGAUUAUAGCAUCUCAUUUAGAUAUGGUUAGAGAGUUAGCAUUGUUUGUGCACCAAGCGUUUCGCUGCCUCAGAAAAAAGGCAGAAGAUGAAACCGUACAUACUAGCGGCGAAAUACGUGAUAUGAUUUCGCAACUUGCCCGCUUGGCCGAUGCACCGGCCUUGUCUACCUUUCUUGGGCGAGUGGCUGCAGAAGCCGCCAUGGAGUUUGCAGAAACUACAGGAGAUCCAGAUGACCACAUGUGGGCCAUCGAUGUCCAAGAGGCGGCCGUCACAGGACAGCGCCAGGAAGAGACUCUCCAAAGGUCUGUAGAAGAACCUAAGCCAUCUAGUCAGGGUACAGGCCUGUUUCGCUGGGAAGAUAGCAUAGGCGAGUGGGUGGCAUCUACGCCAACGACCAAGGCAAAGCCUAUCCUAGUGCAAAAAGCGCAAAGACCCAUGCGCAUGCUAUCAAGCCCAGUGCCGUGCAUCGAUUCCUCUUCAGACACAGACAGCAGUUCACCUGUGUCUGACCGUUUCCAAGACUCUGUCUCAAGCCUGGCCUCAUCUCCCCCGCUGAUGGUGACCAAGCGCACUUUCGAGGACACCGAAGCCUCAUCCAUACGGCCUAGAAAACGACAACGACCCACUCCAGUGGUUGUAGUCGACAGGGGUGGGAAUAGUCCCGAAAUACGGUCUCCUACUCUGGCCAGAUACAAUUCUACUGUGGAACCCGUCAACCGUCGAGGCAUUCUGCGAGAGCGCAGCACCAAUCUGACUAGCCGGACGACCCCCGCAAUAAAACAGGCGCGAAAGCUUGAAGUCGUGAUCAUCAAUCACAAAGAAAGCAGCCCACGUCAGCCUACUGUUCGGCCCACUUUGGAGCGUGCUGCGAAGCAAGUCCAUCGCACAGUAGAGAGGAGAAGGUCUACGCGCCCUUCAGUUUCAACCAUGCGUCGUAUUGUUGAAUCACCGCCCUCUCGACAAACGGUCAUUCCAUGUGACCAGGAUGACUGCAGUGACGACGAGCUUAGCUUUUUCUGA